CGGUAGAAGAGUUCUUUUCAAUGGGAUUAUCGGAGUAAAUUAAUGCAAAGAAGUUGAAAAGUCGAAGUCUUUAAGUCAACCAAAUGCAUUGUCUAGCAGUUUCUUUGAAUUAUCUUCACAGCCUUGCUUUUCGUUCAGGCACUUACAUCCUAUAUCAGUUCUUAUUUUCCCUCCAGCGUCCAGACCAACCACUUCUUGAAAUUCACCCAUCAAUCCCUCCAGCUCCUCAUCCCCAUCCGUUCAAGAAUAUGAACUACUUCCUCCUUUUUGUUAUGAUACCCUUGGUUUUAUCUGAGACUCCCUUGUCAUCAAGCAACCCCGAAUGGUACAGAAUCUGCGGUAAUCAGUUCAAGUGUGGCAAUGUUGCUGCAGGCUUUCCAUUCUGGGGAGGAGAUCGAAAUUUGUCUAAUUGUGGCCAUCCAAAACUUCAACUCAAGUGUGAGAAAAAGGCCACUGCUAUUUUAGAUAUUGUCGGUGUUCGAUAUCGGGUUCUUGAAAUUAAACAGGAAACCAAAAGACUGAAGAUUGCAAGGGAUGACUAUGAGGAUGAAAUUUGUCCCCAGAAUAUCCAGAACACCAACCUUGAUGUCACUCCCUUUGUUAGGGCUCCGGGUUAUGUAACUAUUACAUUACUCUAUGGCUGUCCCUCGACAUUCAAUCCCUCGAAUUUCAAUCUAAAAUUUCCAAUUCAUGAACCUCUAAACUUCGACUGUCCAAAUUCACUUUACGGAGACGAUUCUACCAUGAAUAUCAUCCUACCAGGAGAUACUGGUCGGAUGGAUUGUUCUCGCAGUGCCACCGUCCUGGUUCCUGACGAUUCCUCUUUCUCCAUAGAAAAGAUCAAACAAGCCCUAAAAGAUGGAUUUGAAGUAGAAUGGAAGGUGGAUGAUGAAGGGAACUGUCAGAAGUGCAAUGCCUCCAAGGGAAAGUGUGGCAUUAACCCUUUGAAUGAAACGGAAACGGUUUGCUACUGUCAGGAGCUAAGUAGUUCAUUGAAAGAAUGUCUUCCCCUGCAUCACGACGGUAAGUAGUUAUUUUUAUAGAAUAAGAGAUUGAACGGAAGAGUUACUGUUACUGGUUUUUUCACUGAUUUUUUUUUUAUUCCCCGCAUUAGAUUUAUUGAUCAUAGAUAAAGUCAUCUGAUUAGGUAGCAAAUAAUGAUUCAAAAGCUUC